AUGCUACGCAUGAAGCCCCGCGCGCGGGGGCCGGCGCAGUUCAAGCCGCCGGGGAAGCAAGAUGACCGGCAGCCCGACGGGUACGAGUCCGGGGGCAUGGUCAUCAAGAACCUGCCCUUCCUCUCCUUCGUCAACCCGGCGCGGGACCUCGACGCGCUCUACAAGCCGUUCAAGUCACCCUGCGAGAGCAUCCGAACGUCCGAGAGCGACCGACUCCUCGCGACCAAGACCCUCGGGUCGCGUCGCCGCUUCGGCUCGAUGCCCAUCGCGCCGUUUAAGAAGCUUCCCGAAGUCGACGUGGUCAUGGACGACGUUGCAGACGCAGCGCCAGCGCCCGUGGACGAAGCGCCCAAGGCCGCCGACGAAAAGCCACCAGAGCCCGUCGUGCUUUGGACCGGCAUGGUCAACGACCAAGAAGUCCAGGUCGUUGUCCCGAUGGUCAUCGGCAAGUGGCUCCGGCCGCAUCAGCGCGAGGGCGUCCAGUUCAUGUUCGACUGCGUCUCGGGAAUCCGCGGCUUUGAGGGCAACGGCUGCAUCUUGGCCGACGACAUGGGUCUCGGGAAGACGCUGCAGAGCAUUACGAUCAUGUACACGCUCUUGUGCACGAGCAUGCAAGACCCAACGAUCCCGACGAUCAACCGCGCAAUUGUCGUGUGCCCCACGUCGCUCGUCAAGAACUGGGACGACGAGAUCAUCAAGUGGCUCCAAGGCCGCAUCAAGACCGUCGCCCUCUUUGAAUCGGGGCGCGAAAACGUUAUUAGUGGCAUCAUGUCGUUCAUCAACGGCAGCAAGCGCGCCAACAAGAGCAUGGCGGCCAAAGUCCUCAUCAUCUCGUACGAGACGUUCCGUAUGCACGCCGAGAAGUUCGUCAACGAGCCCCAAGCGUGCGAGCUCCUCAUUUGCGACGAAGCGCAUCGGCUCAAGAAUGCCAACUCGCAGAUCAACCAAGCCCUCAACGCACUGCCGUGCAAGCGCCGUAUUUUGCUCUCGGGGACACCGAUGCAGAACGAUCUCGAAGAAUUCUACGCAAUGGUCGACUUCACCAACCCCAACGUUCUCGGGGAUCCGCGCGAGUUUCGUCGGCGCUUUCUGGGUCCGAUCUUGGUCGGCCGCGAACCUGAUUGCACCCAAGGCGAGCGCGAGUGGGCGCAACGAUGCUCGGGUGAAAUGUGCGAAAUCGUCAACCAAUUCAUCUUGCGCCGCACGAACGCGCUAAAUGCAAAACACUUGCCGCCCAAGCUCACCCAAGUCGUGUGCUGCAAGCUAUCGCACGUGCAGCGCAACAUGUACUCGCAUUUUCUGCACUCGAACGCGUUCCAUGCGAUGAUGACGAAGAAGAGCUCGCGCAUCCUGCCAUCCAUCACGGCACUCAAGAAGCUCUGCAAUCAUCCGAAUUUGAUCAUCGACAUGAGCAAUGGCAAGACGACGAUCGCGCCCGGUUUCGAAGAGUGUGCUGCCUUCCUCCCGCAUGACGAGUACGCAACGAUCCACCGGCAUCGGUCCUGUCAUCCUGAGUGGUCUGGCAAGUUUCAAGUGCUCGACAAGCUCAUGCACGAGAUGCGCAAGAAGACGACCGAUCGCAUCGUCAUCGUGUCCAACUACACCCAGACGCUGGAUGUCGUCACAGCACUCUGUCGGGAGCGCGGUCUGCCUGCCGUGCGUUUGGACGGGUCCACGUCCGCCUCGAAGCGCAAGAAGCUCGUCGAUGUUUUCAACGACCCCAAGACCAACUCGUUUGCGUUCCUCCUCUCGAGCAAAGCUGGCGGAUGCGGCUUGAAUUUGAUUGGCGCCAACCGUCUCGUGCUCUUUGACCCGGAUUGGAACCCCGCGACGGACAAGCAAGCGGCGGCGCGUAUUUGGCGUGAAGGGCAAAAGAAGCAGUGCUUCAUUUACCGCUUCGUCGCGACUG